AUGGGAGAACCACUUAUAACACACAGUCUUCACAAUAUCCACAUUAAGAGGAAAAUGAGUCCAACAUCAUGCAAAAUUAUCAAUCAACUCAGACUACAGGGUAAACUCUGUGAUGCAGUUAUCAAGGUCAAUGGAGAAGAAAUGGAAGUUCACAGAAACAUAAUGUGUAGUUGCAGUCCAUAUUUCAGGGCAUUGUUCACUAGUGCUUGGAGCAAAGCAGAAGAGAAGGUAUACAGCAUUUCUGGUGUUUCUGCAGACAUGAUGCAGUUGAUCAUAGAGUAUGCUUAUACUAGGACAGUACCCGUCACUGUCGACAAUGUGGAAGAGCUUCUGGUUGCAGCUGAUCGGUUUGAUGUGUUAGGCAUUGUGACAGCUUGCUGUGACUUUCUUGAGUCUCAGCUCUGCUUAGAAAACUGCAUUGGAAUCAAAAAGUUUGCAGACUGUUACUACUGCCCUGAGCUGACACAAAAGGCUAGCCUUUUCAUUCUUCACAACUUCGAAGAGAUGACAAAAGUUUCCAUUGAGUUUCUCCAGCUCUCAGCUUUGGAAUUUGAAGAAAUAAUUGAGAAUGAUGAGCUAAAUGUGAAAAAGGAGGAAGUGGUAUUUGAAGCCAUCAUAAAGUGGAUAUCUUAUGACCCACAAGACAGGAAGAAAUGUCUUCCUAUUCUGCUUACCAAGGUGAGAUUGUCACAAAUGAAUGCUAAUUAUUUUAUGAACAAUGUCAAAAAUAAUGACUAUGUAAAAGACAAUGAGGAAUGCAAGACUAUUAUCAGAAAUACCCUCAAAAUCAUGUAUGAGCUUAAUAUUAGUUCAUAUCAAGAAUUCAGGAACUUGCUAAUUAGACCCCGGAUUCCACAUGCACUCCUCUUUGCUACUGGUGGAUGGAGUGGAAGUAGCCCAACAAAUACCAUUGAAAGCUAUGAUGUUCGUGCUGACGUAUGGGUGGAUAUCACAUGGGAAAUAGAAUGUCCUCGUGCAUACCAUGGUGUGGUGUACCUAAAGGGACAUGUGUAUGUUAUUGGUGGAUUUGAUGGUGAAAAUUACUUUAACAGUGUCAAGCGUUUCAACCUUGUGGAAAGGACACAGCAGGAUGUUUCUCCCAUGCAUUCGAAGCGCUGCUAUGUUAGCGUGACCGUACUGCAUGACUUCAUUUAUGCCAUGGGGGGAUCUGAUGGUCAUGUGCGCCUGAAUACAGCAGAGCGGUAUGAGCCCGAGAUCAACCAAUGGACUUUGAUUUCUCCCAUGCAUGAGAGGAGAAGCGAUGCAAGUGCCACGACUCUACAUGGAAAGGUGUACAUAUGUGGAGGCUUUACUGGGAAUGAAUGCUUACUUACAGCUGAAACAUAUGAUCCAGAAACCAACCAAUGGACCCUGAUUGCACCAAUGAGAAAUAGACGAACUGGGAUAGGUGUUAUUGCAUAUGGAGAAUUUGUUUAUGUGAUUGGAGGCUUUGAUGGAGAAAAUAGACUUAGCAGUGGAGAGGUCUACAAUCCCCUUAACAACACUUGGAGUACCACUUCCAACAUGCUGACCCCUCGUAGCAACUUUGGAAUUGCAGUAGUGGAAGAUUUGCUGUUUGUUGUUGGUGGUUAUACUGGCAGAACAACUACUUCGAGUGUUGAAUGCUAUAAUGAGAAGACCAAGAAAUGGUGUGCUAUGCAUAAAAUAGGCAUCUCCCGCAGUGCUUUAAGCUGUUGUACCAUUCCAGGCUUGUCAAAUGUCAAACAGUUUGUACUGCCAAGACACUGGGUUGUCACUAUAAAAGGAAGUGAAAUUAUCAGCUUGCACUGA